AUGAGGCCCGAUGGCUGUGGCGGUUGGUCCAGCCCAAGUCAAUCACCAUCUCCUCCGCCUGCUCCGCCGCCGCCACUGCUCACCAGGACCAGAUCGACCAGGAGCACAUGCUCCAGGUGCCGAUGCCAGAGGAACGGCAGCUUGGGCAGAGCAGAGAGAGGGCAGAUGGAGACGCAGAACACAUAUCCGACAGUCAUACCAGCUAUAACCAGAGCCCUCGAAGACGACGAAUCGACCUGCCGAGCCUUAUGCGAGCGAGAUCUGCGUUCCCUGCACCGCAACGUACCAGCCCUGCUGCGUGCAGACCUAGAUACCGGUGCUAUCAGGCAACACUUCUAUCCAGAAGGAGGAUGGGGCUGGUUGGUAUGCGGAGCAGCAUUUUUGGCCCACGUGCUCUGCGCCGGAUUGCAACUGUCGUACGGCUACAUAGGGAUGCAUGCUGAUAGACAUGUUCGGUCUGUAUACCUUAUGAUUUCAGCAUGGUUAGGACCUCUGAGUUGUGCAGUAUCUUUACUGGUAUCACCUCUGGUGGUUGCAGUUUGCAGACGUAAAUCUACCAGGUUGACAGCAGUUCUUGGAGGACUUGUAGCUGCACUGGCAUGCCUUUUCGCAUCAUUUGCGACAAAACUGCAUCAACUUGCACUAAGCUACGGUGUGAUGUUAGGCGUAGGUGCAGGAAUGGUUCGUGAAAGUGCACUUCUAAUGCUGGGCCAAUAUUUUAGAAGACGUCGCGAAUUUGUCGAAAUGGUUGCCAUGGCAGGAGGAGGAGUUGGAGUUGCAUUAUUUUCGGUUGUAAAUCGAGAAGCUGUCGGGCAUCUAGGAUGGAGAUUGGGUAUGCAGGUAGUGACUUUAUUGGUGUCUUUGUGCUUCUUUUUGGGUCUCCUAUACAGAUCUGCAUCUCUAUAUCAUCCUCAAAGAAGAGCCAUUGUUCAUCUGAAAAACCAACGAAAGAAAAUGAAAGAAAAGAAAACACACCAAACAAAGCCUAAGGCAUCUCUAAUUGAUUUUUCGUCCUUACGAUGCCCUACAGUUAGAAGUUUGAUGAUUUCUGCUGCAGCGUGUGCAGCAGGGACAUAUUCUCCUGUUUUUUAUAUUCGGAAGAAGCAAAGACACGAGCGCAUUAGAGAUAAGAGAAUGACGAAAGCGGGAGUGGGCUCCUGA